AUGGUAAGGGGUCUUGUUAGUGAGGGCGGUGCUGUUGACCUUCCGAUGACAAGUGAAACGAUAACUGUGAUGAGUGUCAAUGAAGUUGAAGAUGUGGUGAUACUUAGUGCUGAGAGGAUUGUGGGCAAAAUUGAAUCUUACUGGAAGCGCGGUAGUAAUUGGAGGGUAAUUAUGGUGGAAGAUCAUUAGUUGGAUGUUGUGCACUUCAAUCCUUUGGAAGACAGUUCUUUCAUUGAGUUGCUCGCCCCUCUGCGAUCUGAUAAGAACGGUCUAAUCAACAUUGAGAACAGGGACGAUAUCGAGUGCUUUAGAUGGUGUCAUGUGAGACAUUUGGUGCCAAAAAAUCAAAAGGCAAAUAAGAUUACCAGACCUGAUAGAAAAUUUGCUGAGACACUUGAUUAUAAAGGUGUGAGUUUCCCUGUAAAGAUUGACGAUAUACCUAAAAUUGAGAAGGCAAAUAAGAUUAGAAUCACAGUGAUCAUGCUGAAGGGAGAAAAGAUGUUCUUUCCAAGGUAUACUUUAAGCAGAACAAUAUUUUGGGCUCACUUUUUCGAAUUUGCCUUGUAACCAAGCCUGAUCCAAGAUGGGGGUCAUCAGUUGCUAAGCCACUUACCGUCAUUUUUACCGCAAGAAAUUCGAAGAAAAUAUCACUUCGAUAAUUCGGUAAACCGUAUUUUGAACUAAAUUUAAAGAGACAAACAAUAACAUAAGACAUCGAAAAAACAAAAGGGAAUAUUUUAAUCGAAGAAACGACUCAAUUGAUGUUUCAGGUACUGCGCUAGUACGUUUAAUAGUACUGGCUCAUGAGUCAACAAGUUUUAUAUAUAACUGAUAUACACUAUAAAAAUCGCAUGAUAUUGACAUACAUUUUGAUCGUUUCUUGCAAUUACAUUUUGUUUUUUAAUUUGCAUUCUGAUUGGCUAACACCAUAUUGUCUAAAAAUAACUGAACUUGACAGUUGACAAUAACAAUUAAUAAUCAUUUGUAUUUGUAUACACAUAAAUAAUAUCGAUUGAGAAGCGUUUUGGGUGUUUAUUUGUUUCGAAGACUUGUAUAUUUCAUUAAAGAAUAUCUUGCCACUCCUUGAUGUGUAGCUGUCAAAUACUGCCAUUUUUUUGGGUAGUCACGUGACCGGCCCAGACCUGGGCUUUCUCGUCUCUCCCCUCGUCCUCACGUGAAAACCCUGGGAACGAGGUUGUAAAUAUGGCAGAUUGUUUUUUCUACAUAAGGGGUUUGAGGACUUUGGAAAUUCCAGGAAAGGGGGGGGGGAGGGAUUUUGGGUUAAAUUAAGUUCAAACCUAGGGGUUGUGUGUCAAAAGGGAAUCCAGUAAUUUUAGCAUUUACAGGAAAGGGGAUUUUGUGUUAUUUAGAAAUUCCAGGGAUGGGGGUUCUUGGAUGGAUGCAAUCUGCCAUUAUAAAAUAUGAUACCUCGUUUAUAUAGCUUUAAUCUGCCAUUAUGGUUUUAAAAUACAGUAAUUAUAGUGAACUUUUAAAAUGCACCAAUCAAUUUGGGGGUGACCACCCCUUCCCCUGUUGGCAUGGAUUUAGCAAUUUGCCAUUGAUCAUGUUAUCAAGAGGUGCGUAUGAUAUUUGGCAUAAGUAAAAUUCAUUAUGGAGCGGCAUAAGCAUUUGAUCCCCCCUCCCUAAUAUGGUGUAGGGAAUUUUAUGUACAAAAUAUUUUGUUGACAUGAAUGAGUUGACAUAAUUGUUUUGUUUGUGGAAACACCACAAAGUCAAAUGAUUUACUUUGCAAUCCACAAGCUUGGAUGCUCAUCAGUGAAAAUAUAAUAUAUUUACAGUCAAAAGCUCCGCAAAGUGUUUCUGUAAACAAAACAAUUUAAUAUAUUAUUAUUUAUCAACAUGCAAACCAACAAAUUAAGAACUUAAUUAUGACAUGAAGUUCCCGACUCAAUAUUUGUGUUACUUUGCACGGCAGACUUUCUACACUUGAUUGAGUCACUACCUCUGAGUCACUACUUCCCUUUGGGCUUCCAAAGUCAUCAAUUACCCCUAGGCCCUAGGCCCCUAGCUGUGUGGAAAAAACAAUCUGCCAUAUUUAUUGGUUAAAAUUGAUUUUAUCAUUGAUAAAUGUAUACACCCUUGAACAGUAGAACACUGUGUAUAGAAAUAAUAGAAAAACCACAAAAUGUAAAUGAAAAAAAAAACGAUAAAAAUAUCGAGAAAUUUCACAAAUAUUCAAUGUCAUGCGAUUUUAAUAUUUUAUAGUGUAUAUCAGUUGUAUAUAAAACUUGUUGACUCAUGAGCCAGAACUAUUAAACGUACUAGCGCAGUACCUGAAACAUCAAUUGAGUCGGUUCUUCGGUUAAAAUAUUCGCUUUUGCCUUUUCGAUGUCUUAUCUUAUUGCUUGUCUCUUUAAAUUCAGUCCAAAAUGCGUUUUACCGAAAUUAUCGAAGUGGUAUUUCCGUCGACGAAUUUCUUGCGGUAAAAAUGAAGGUAAGUUGCUUAGCAACUGAUGGCCGCCAUCUUGGAUCAGGCUUGGUUACAAGGCAAAUUCGAAAAAAGUGAGCCCAAAAUAUUAUUCUGCAUACUUCAAAGGCUGACUAUCAGGUCAUAUGGAGUUGCUGCUGAUAGAGGACGAUCAUGGAAAUACACAAGAUGUCUUGAUAAGGGAUAUUAGUAUGUUACUUAGUAGUUUACAUAAGACGCAGCACAAGAAAUAUUACUGUCUUAGUUGUCUUAAUGGGUUCAAUUCACAGGAACGUUUAGAUGAACACAGUGGGACCUGUAGGGAGGUAAAUGGAACGUAGAAAACUAUGAUGCCAAAGAGAGGUAGUAAAGUGGUGUUCAAGGAUCAAAGGAGACAGUUGCCUGCUCAGUUUGUGAUAUACGCUGACUUUGAAUCGUUGUUGAUCCCUAUUGGUGAGAAGAAUUAGGGAUGUUUACGUAAAAUACAGAGCCAUGAGACUUGUGGUUAUGGGUUCAAAAGAGUAUGUUACUAUUCAAUAAACCCGCUUACAUUGGAAUGAGUAUACUUGACAUAUCGAAGACGCUGAUGUAUGACUUCUACUAUAAUUAUAUAAGGAAAUUGUAUGGGAAUAGAGCAAAGUUACUUUUCACUGAUACAGAUAGUUUGUAGCCAACGUGGCCGGCUCUAUUGAAGGAGAGCCUGCCCGAAAGCCCUAGUCAAAUUGAUGACUCUCGGCAGCCAGCCGCCGAGAAUUGUGAUUGGCUCAAUUUACGUUGACGACAGGUUGAUUGACAUGUUACGCUGAUUUAUUCAAAUAUUUAAAAAUAAAUACAGUAAAAACAAACGGCAUCGCUAUAUUAAAGUGUAAAUCUGUCGGCUAAAAUAUAAAAUUCAAAAGACAAAGUGUAAAAUGUAUAACAUAUACCGGUAUCUAAACAGAAUACGGCAAGCCAUACUGCUAUUACUGCAUAUGUCGUAUGAUUUUACCGUAUGGUCACUAUAGUAUAUAGAGUAUAAAACCUUGGCUGUCCUUGCCUUGUUUAUAUUUUGCUGGCUGGCAAAUUACGAUUAUAUAAAACAAUACAUUCCCCAUUGUGUUUAAUACACCAUAAUAAUACGAAGCUCUCUUUGGAGCUUUUAAAAUACAUUUGUCUGCCAACGAGUAUAACACGGGAAGGGGUCUAUUUAAACUUUUCCUAAGUCAUUAUAUUUAAUACUGCAAUAUUUAUAACUGUAGUACAGCCAUACAGGUGCAAAGCAUAAUAUAAUUUUGAACGGUCUUCGUCUACUACUAAUUUCCAGACAAAGUCGAAGGGCCUUCGCUCGAAAUGCCGACGUUUUGCUUGUAUUUCCAAGCAGUUGAAUCGCUAUCCAUCUAUUGUAAAAAGUUUAUUGAAAGCAUGUAGCGCAGGCUAUAGUAAAUAUGCAACAAUUAAAAUUUUAAGUCAUCAAUUUAUACAAAACUAUUUCGAGUGGGCGGUGUUAAUAUGGAAUAUUAACUAAGUGGGCGGCAUCAAUUUGACUAGGGCUUUCGGGCAGGCUCUACUUAUAAAAGAGCCGGCCACGCUGGCUAGAUAGUUUAAUGUAUAGGUAACAUACUCCUGAUGCCUAUUAAGAUGCGAUGAAAUUUGCCUGCAAGUUUGAUACUAGUGGUUAUAGUAAAGAUUCUCCGUUCUAUGAUGCAACUAAUAAGAAAGUUAUCUGGAAAAUGAAAGAUGAGGCUGGUGGAGUACCUAUAAGAGAAUUUAUUGGAUUGCGGUCUAAGAUGUAUAGUUAUGAGAAAGAAGAUGGGAAAGGUUGUCGGAGACUUUACCUCAGUCUAUAG